AUGGUUGGAAGCAAGCGCACGAGGAGUAAAACCGCCGCGAUGGCUCAAUCCGUGACGGCCCAAAGCCACUCCACCCACGAUCCCGCGAUCAACAUGGUGGCACCACCACCUCUCGCCACCGUGCCACCUACCGGACCCGCGACCGAAUCUAGCAACCUCCGUGGCACCGCCGCCGAACAUGGUGGAACCUCCCAUCAAGGUGGGCUCGUUACCACCACCGACUUAGGGCCGGUCUUGGAGCAACUUCAAGCGUUCCCUCCAUUGCCUCCACGCUCGACACACGUUCUCGCGUACACCUCCAGUGAAACCCUAGCCCGUGUGCAAUUGGGCUCCACACCCUUCUCUCCUCCCGAUCCACAAAGUCAAGCAGAUCUCAACCUGAGAGUUGACCAGCUAGCUCAGAGAGUGGACGACCAAAACGCUCUUAUGAGGCAGCUCCUUAAUCAAAUAAGUGUGGCUCAAAAUCCUGGCCUUGGACAACCAGGUGAAGUGAGAAGAAUAGACGAACGCACCGGUGGGCAGCUCAACGGGCACCAAGCGGGUCGAGCAGGAGCGAGCAGACAAGGGGAUGCACAACCACGUGAUCAGCUUGCCGACAUGUCGCGAGCAUCUGCAAGCCACACACAAAGCAACGUGCGAGAAAGGCUUGGCCCACGACUUGACGUCCGUGCUCGCCUGGGCCCGCAGGGGAAUGUACUUCAAAGGCUAGGCUCCCAGGGAGAUCAAACUGACAAUCGCCGCAAUGAGGAUCGUGAAGAGAGGCACUCCAUUGCCCGCUCCCGGAGAACCAACUCUCGCCGCCAAGCUGCAGAAAAUCCCUCGCAAUCACAGUCCACCAACACGCCUCCUAGGCAUCGCGGACGAGAGGACCGACCCUUGCAGACCAACGAGGAGGUCAAUCAGCGUCGCUCGAAUCGCAAAAGGCGCCAACGUGAUCGACCAGCACUGCGCGUGGAAGACGUUGAGAAGCUUGUGAAUGACCGACUUCGAGACUUGAAGACUAGCGGGAACCUCGAGGAUGCACUACGUAAGGAGAUGGACCAAGCGAUCUCCACUCCUUUCACCCCUGAAAUCGAGCAGGCUACUCCCCCGAAGCGAUUCUCAACGCCUUCUUUUACGCAUUUCAAGGGAGAUUCCGAUCCCGAGAGCCACCUAAAACACUUCAAAAGUGUCAUGAUCCUCCACAAGGCCGACGACGCACUGAUGUGCAAGGCAUUUGCAAUGACAUUGCGAGGAGCAGCUCAGGACUGGUUCCACACCCUGCCAUCUGGGUCGAUCAACAGUUUCAAGGAGCUUGCCUAUGUCUUCACUAAAGAAUACACUUCUUAUCGGACGAUCAAGAAGAACCCAGAUCAUCUGUUCAACCUGCGCAAGAAGCCCGACGAAUCCAUUCGAGAUUACAUCAAGAGGUUCAAAGCAGAAAAGGCCAACAUCGUAGGGUGCGACGACCAAAUCGCAUCAUCUGCCUUCAAGAAAGGUCUUCCAGCAGAACACGAGUUAUACCGCGAGCUGACUAUCACUCCCAGCCAGACUUUAGCAGAGGUCUUCGCGACCGCAGAACGCUACGCGCUCUGGGAUGACGAUCGAAUUGCCGCGAAGAAGUCCACUGAGCAGGGAGAUCGGCAGGCCAAGCGGGCGGGCCUAAGAAGCGAUGGAUUUAGCAACAAGAACAAGGACAAGCGCAGGUCACACCCACAAGAGGACGCUAAGGCAGGAGAGAACUACACCAAGUUCACUAUCCCUAUACAUCAAAUCCUAGCCCAAGUGAAAAACAAACCUUGGGUAAGAAGACCGCCACCCUUGAAAGGAGAUCCAGACAGGAGGGAUACUAGCAAAUACUGUGCCUUCCAUGGGACGCAUGGACACACUACGAACAACUGCUUCGCUUGGAAAGCACACCUCGAAGAACUCGUGAAGGAAGGUCACUGCACAGAAUUCAUCGCUAAGCAGGCCAUCCAACAAAUAGAGGACCGCGACACCGCCAAGGAGCCGCCCCAAAAGGUCAUAAGGAUUAACACAAUCCUAGCCGACUCCGAGGAAUCUGGGUUGACCAACAAGGAAAAAAAAAGGAAGAUCAAACAAGCCACUAUGAUCUCCCAAGUCUCAACCGACAUUCCGCUAGCAGAAGACGACCCUAUAAUCGGCUUCCAAAAGAAAGAUCUAAUUGGCCUUGAUCUACCACACAAUGACGCUCUUGUCAUCAGCAUUCAAAUCGCUCAGGCCAUGGUCGGCCGAAUCCAUGCAGACGAGGGCAGUGCGGCCAACAUCCUACAAUUGACAGUUAUCCAACAGAUGGGCUUAGAGGCAAAGAUCAAUAAAUCAGCCAAGUCGCUGACUGGUUUCAAUGGAGCAACAACGGUCACCGUAGGCACGAUAGAGCUCGACGUCUACGCCCCACCUGUAAUCAGCUCUCAAACGUUCAUGGUCAUUGAUGAAGUCUCACCCUACAAUGGCAUUCUAGGCAGGCCAUGGAUCAGCAAGAUCAAUGCCAUCACCUCCGCCACGCAUCAGAAGAUUCGCUACCCAAUUCCUUGGGGUGGGAUCGGCCAAAUCAACAGCGAUCAGGCGAUGGCGAGGAAAUGCUCAGCUCAAGGGCUGAAGAAAGGCAAGCAAACACAGUUCCUCCCUGUGAAUCAAGCAGAUCUAAAGGGAGUAGAACAAGCAGAUGAGGAAGCAGAUCCCGUUCCUGACGGCCGAGCAGGCCAAAAAGGAAAGGGAAUAACUACUCCCCAAUAG